UUUCAGGCAACGUUCUAACAAGAAUUGCUAGCAUCAAAGAUGUUUUGGAAAGCUAUCGUGGUUCUAGUCGCCUUCCUCGCGCAAGUAUGCUCGAAAUACUGGCCAUUCCGGGAGAGUCUUCCCUUGACGUACCCUUACCCAAAAAUAGAUCCUUUCUUCGACCAAUCUAAAGGAGGAUGGAAGCAGAGAUUUUGAACAACCAAAUAGUUUGCGAAUCAAACUAGCCA